AUGCUUGCGACGGGGCCCAGUAUUAUUGAAGGCCCUAGGAUUACGAAGUGCGUGGAAGGUCUGCAUAAUAAAGCAUUCAUCUUGAAAAUGGAUAAUGGACCAGAGGCUUUUGCGAAACUCCCAAAUCCCAAUGCUAGACCUGCCCGUUUUUCCGUUGCGUCUGAGGUUGCUACACGUGAGCUGCUUCGUGAUGUAUUUAAAAUUCCUGUCCCUCGGGUGUUGUCUUGGUCUUCCAAUGCAGGAAAUAAUCCAGUCGAGGCUGAGGAUAUUAUUAAGGAGAAAGCCACUGGUGUACGACUGGGCUCUGUGUGGAAUCAGUGGCCUCGGGAUAUAAAGCUACAAUUAAUAACUCAAGUGGUUGCCAUAGAGAACGAGUUAACUAACAUUAACUUUGAUAAGCAUGGUUGCAUCUACUUCAAACAAGACUUACGUACCCUUAUCGGGGAAGCAGAAGAUAUUCAUACACAGACUGCUGGAUCCAACGUCCUUGAACGAUUUUCUAUUAGACCUUUGACCACGAACGAGCUAUGGCGCGGAGCUAGGAGGGACAUGAAUUUGGAUUGUGGCUCCUAUAGGUGGGCGAAUUAUCAAAUUCCUAUUCCGUUGUUUCUAACAUUUCUUCCGGGGACAAAUGCGUGUGAAUACACCCAUACGAUAGGCCAUAAUGAAUGGAUGUGGGUCAAGGCGCAUGCUGUUCCUCGGCUGAAUUAUUACCGGCCGAACAGGAGCAAAGAACUUCCUGAAGAUGGUGUUUUACUCCUGGAGAAAUAUAUGAAUAUUUUCCCCCUAUCUUGUCCCCAACCAAGCGAUGAGUCCUCCUCUGCCAACGUUCUUUGGUAUCCAGACCUUCAUCUGGAUAACAUUUUCGUUGAUCCAGACACUUGUCAGAUCACUCACAUUGUGGACUAG